AGCAGGUGUACUGAUAAGAGGAGAUUAACUGUCUUAUUUAAACCGGGUACCAAUCUUCUGUCAUUAAAAAGUGGAGUUCAGAUCACAUGCAUAUCCUUGCAGGGCACCACUUCCGCAUUUCACAGUUGACGGCUUCUCUUUUUCGAUGACGGAUAAAAAGAUGGUUUUACGAACGCUCUGUCUCAGUUUACUGACUGUUGCGAUAUUGUCACAGAAACCUCCUACAAAUUGUCCUGAUAUAAACCCGGACCCGGCCACGCAGUGUAGCUGUACAUCAGAAAUUAUCGACUGUUCAGAGAGAGGAUUAACAGAACUUCCGAAGUUUAGCGUAGAUACGUUUUACAAGGAGUUACGUUUAGAUCACAACGAUAUUGAAAACAUCACAGACGACGCAUUCAAAAAUCUGCAUUCUUUAAAUAGAAUCUUUAUGCAAGACAACAACAUAUCGAGAUUCGACAGAUAUGCUUUUCGCGGGGCCGAGCAAGCGCCUAUUAACCGAAUUGAUCUUUCGAAUAAUUUCUUAACCGAAUUUCCACAGGCAAUAGGGAACCUUGAAUCGAUUAACUGGAUUGAUGUUACAAAUAAUCCCAUCAACGAAAACAACUUUGAUCAGACAACGAUGUACAAUAUUGGCGACACUUUGACAAGAUUUGAGUUCGGAAGUCCGAAAAUAGAAUCAUGGCCACCAACAUUACGUCAUCUCCAAGCGUUAGAAUUUUUGAACGUGAGCGGUGGGUCAUUCUAUACACUACCACCAGAGGCGUUCCAUGGUUUUGAAGGUACACUUACAACAUUAUCUAUUCAAAAUACAAACCUUAUUGCACUCCCGUUAGCCUUGGCCCGGCUUAGAUUUCUUGACAGACUGUAUUUUGAUCAUAACCACGACAUUGGAGACUCUGGCGUUCUAAUUCCGUCUUUUGGGAACUCUGAUCUACUUAACAAGCUCCGCUAUAUAUCGCUUGUUGACGACAACUUGACGGUGUUUCCUUCGUUACUUCAAUUUUUACGAAACGUUGAACAACUGGUGCUUGAUUCCAAUAGCCUCGCUUUCGUUAGUGACACAUCCGUGCAAGUUGCGGUAGGCACGAAAAUCACUGACCUCAGUCUACGAAACUGUUCAUUGUCACGUGUGCCUGGUGCUUUAUCUAAACUCACAAAUCUAACAAAGUUAAAUCUAGCGGAAAAUGACAUCCACAGCUUCGAGAACAGUGACUUCGACAACAUGGGCAAACUACUGAAUCUCACAAUUACGAAAAAUCCGCUGGGAUACAUUGCCAAUGAAACCUUCAAGGAUCUGAAGAGUCUACAGUACCUUGAUUUGAAAGAGUCAAACAUCAACACAAUGCCUGAAGCAAUCAGAUUUCUGAAAAACUUGCAGGAACUGAAGCUUCCGUCGGAUAAGAUUGAGUGCACGUGCAACAUUGUCUGGUUCAAGCAAUUUAUGGAACACUGUAACACCGGUUUACGUAUUGACGGGUCAUGCGAAACAAUUAGCUACCCUGUAGAUGUUUACCUUAGAGACUUUAUCCCGAAAUGUCCAAAUUAUAAGAACGGAACUGCAUGUGUGUAGGUACAAGGCGUCCAACAUUUCAUUUAUAAUGUGGUCCGAGUAACUUCAAUUUUCCGAACUUCAUACAUUUAACUGGUUACUAAUACGGUACUGGUUAACUGUUCUGCAAAUUAUUAAUCCAGUGUAAGCAGUACUUCUAAUAAAAUACUUGAGCAAAUUC